UUCGCCUCUUAUUGCCAGAAAGAAAACCGAGACAGCCUUUCAAUCUCUCUCUCUCUCUCUCUUUCCUUCUGGUGAAUCUGCGGAACCCUAAUUUCGUUUUUCUUCUUAGAUUAGGAAAACCCUAAAUCCGUUGUUGUAAUCUCAAUCUUUUUCCUUAUGAACCCAUAAGUAAAUCGAUGCCCUUUUUAGGUUUACGGAGAUUUUCGACAUUGAUCUCGCGAGAGAGAAGUGAGGGUGGAUUCUAAAAAAACAACAAAAAGUUUCGCUUUUUCUGAUCUCUUCCCUUUUGAAAAUCGAAUGGCGAAAGGUACAGUCACUGGCGAGUUUGUGGUCCUUUCACAGGUUCGUACAGGUUGUAAAAGGGAGUUGCAAUUCAUGUUGAAAUCACAGUCCGAGAUCUGUGGAGGAGAGUCUUUAGGUCGCACCAGGGGAAGCAGAAAUCUGAGCAGCGUCUCGAGGACGGAUGCUAAGAAGAAACAGAGUCGUCUUGUUCGGAGGAGAAGCUCUGGUUUGAAGAGUGGGAUAAAGAAGAUGCGUCUUGUGAAAGAUGAGGAAGUUGUAAUGUCUGAUUCUGUUGAAGAAGACGAUGUUAAGAGCGACGUUGUUGAUGUUGAUGAAGCAAAGGCUGAAUCUUUGAGUGAAGAAGAGAAGAUCGAGAAUGUGGUGAUGAAUGGUACACCGGAAGUUAGAGAGGCUGAAAAGGAAAGUUUGAGUGUGGUUGGGAGAGAAAUAGUUUUGGCUUUACCUGUGAGUUUUAGCGAGUUUGCAAAACUGACUUCUAGAUCUUGUCUUGUUAAGUUGGAAAGUGGUUUGGGUUAUGAAAAACCAGGCAGGAGGUUGACACGGUCUAUGUUGAAGUCUGAGGGUGUUAAAUCCGAGUCUAAUGAAGAUCAUGGAAGUCAAGAAAGGGAAGCUAAAUGUAGUGAAAAUGGCUGUGUUGAUGCUUCUGCUUUAGUGGCUGAUGAUGAAGAUCAUGUUAGUCAAGAAAGGGAAGCUAAAUGUAGUGAAGAUGCCCGUGUUGAUGCUUCUACUUUAGUGGUUGAUAAUGAAGAUCAUAUAAAUCAAGAAAGGGAAGCUAAAUGUAGAGAAGAUGGCUGUGUUGAUGCUUCUACUUUAGUGGCUGAUGGUGAAAAUUAUAUAAAUCAAGAAAGGGAAGCUAAAUGUGAUGCUUCUACUUUGGUGGCGUAUGGGAGGGAAGAGGAUCUUCAUGAGCAAAACAGUGUGGAUCCAUGCCUUGGUCAUACUCGAGUUGUUGAUGAGAAGGCAGUGAAUGAUACUGUAGAUAAGCCUUUGAGGAGGUUUACUAGGUCAUUAGUCAAACAAGAAAGUGAUUUAGAAAAUCCUAAUUCGCAGAAUGAUACCAAAUUAGCAGAGUUUGGCAAGGUUGAUGGGUAUAUUAAUGAUGUCGAAAUAGAUGAUUUUCAAAGCCCUUCGGUUAUAACUCCCAACAAGCGUGGAAGGCCCAAGAAAUUCUUGAGGAAUUUCCCGUCAAAGCUCAAAGAACUUCUGGAGUCUAGAAUACUUGAGGGACUAACCGUGUACUAUCUUCGAGGUGCAAAGAUGAGAGAGGCAGGAGCUAGAGGGCUUAAAGGAGUAAUAAGAGGAUCAGGCGUUUUGUGCUUUUGUAUUGUCUGCAAAGGAGCUCAAGUGGUAAGUCCCGCCGUGUACGAGCAGCAUGCUUCUAGCACAAACAAGCGCCCACCUGAAUAUAUCUUACUGGAGUCUGGAUGCACACUUCGUGAUGUCAUGAAUGCAUGCAAGGAAACUCCCUUUGCUGCUCUAGAAGAAAGACUUCGUGUGGUAGUUGGACCAGCUUUAAAUCAAUCUAGCCUGUGUUUCAGUUGCCAAGGUACAAUGGAUGAGCCCUGUGAAACAAAGUCAUUAUUUCUGUGUAAAUCGUGUUUGGAGAGAAAGGAACCAGAAAUCCAUACCAGUCCUUCUAAAGCAAAUGGUGCUCUUAAGGGAUCGUUGAACCCAAGUAUCGUUCCUCAAACUAUCCUUAGUGGGUCAAUAUCCAGUCCUCGCCGAAGUAACAGGCAAGAACAGCCGACCACAGAGUCACCUGAGCCAGUUGUGGUUUCAGGAACUAGUCCGAGUGAGUCAAAAUCCAGCUCAAUCAAAAGCAACAGCCAAGGGAGACUAACCAGAAAGGAUGUGCGGCUGCACAAACUUGUUUUUGAGGAUGAUGUACUGCCAGAUGGGACCGAAGUGGGUUAUUUUCUUGCUGGAAAGAAACUGCUUGUCGGCUACAAGAAGGGGUUCGGGAUACAUUGUUCUUGUUGCAACAAAGUGGUUAGCCCUUCAUCGUUUGAGGCCCAUGCUGGCUGUGCAAGUCGUCGGAAGCCGUUUCAGCACAUUUAUACAACCAAUGGGGUAUCUCUUCAUGAGCUAUCAGUAGUACUAUCAAUGGACGAGAGGUUUUCUAUCCGUGAAAAUGAUGACCUUUGCAGUAUCUGUAAGGAUGGGGGUGAACUCUUGUGCUGUGAUACAUGUCCGAGAUCAUUUCAUACAGUAUGUGCUUAUCUGCCAAGCCUUCCGAGUGAGAGGUGGUCCUGUAAAUAUUGUGUGAAUAUGGUUGAGAGAGAGAAGUUCGUGGAGAGCAAUCAAAACGCCAUUGCAGCUGGUAGAGUUCAUGGAGUUGAUGCAAUUGCUGAGAUAACCAAAAGAUGCAUUCGAAUUGUUAGCUCCUUUGGGAGUGAGCUCCCAAGUGUAUGCGUGUUAUGCAGAGGCCAUAGUUUUUGCAGGUUGGGCUUUAAUUCUCGCACUGUGAUUAUCUGUGAUCAGUGUGAAAAGGAGUUCCAUGUUGGCUGUUUGAAAGAACAUAACAUUGCUGAUCUCCAGGAGUUACCUGAAGAUAAAUGGUUCUGUUCCCUUGGGUGCAACAAGAUCAACACUUCACUGGGGGAUCGGAUAGUUCACGGAGAAGAGAAGCUUAGUAACGACUUUCUGAAUUCUAUAAGGAAGAAGCAAAAACCUAAUGAAGAAAGCUGUCCAGAUGAGAACACCACUCCAGACAUAAGAUGGAGGGUCCUUAGUGGAAAGUUGACCUCUUCAGAUGAUACAAAAGUGUUGCUUGCAAAGGCACUUUCUAUUCUUCAUGAACGGUUUGAUCCUAUCAGUGAAUCUGGGACCCGGGGAGAUCUCAUUCCAGCCAUGGUGUACGGAAAGAAGGCAAAAGGCCAAGAUUUCAGUGGCAUGUACUGCACCAUGUUGACUGUGGACGAAGUGAUUGUUUCCGUGGGAAUCUUUAGGAUUUUUGGGUCUGAACUUGCGGAACUCCCUUUAGUUGCUACCAGCAGAGACUGUCAAGGGCAGGGUUACUUCCAGUGCCUGUUUGCUUGCAUAGAGAAUCUACUCGGGUCCCUAAACGUAAAACAUAUCGUGCUACCAGCAGCAGAUGAAGCCAAAUCCAUAUGGACUGACAAAUUUGGUUUCACCAAGAUGACUCAAGAGGAGGUGAAUGAAUACAGAAAAGACUUCUCGGUGAUGGUCUUUCAUGGAACAUCUAUGUUGAGAAAGACAGUGCCUGCAACGAGAGCCGUGAUUGGAUCUAAGGAGGACAAUAUGGAGGAGUAAGCUCAAGGUUGUCUUUUGGUUUUUGAAAGUCGGUGACAUCCGAUUUGAUGCCCUUUUAAUUCUUGUCUUUGAUCUAAUUUUGGGUAGUAGACGUAUUAGUGUACAGGUUUUUCCUCUAAUGUGUCUUUUUCUUUACAAUUUAAAAGAAAGAAAGAAAGAGAGGCACACAAAGGGUAAGCGACUUUGGUUUUGGUAGAAGAGUAGAGGACAAGUGUGAGAGUAAAUGAGUCUUAAGCUAUCUCUAACUGGUCUUUUGGGCAUAUUCUUUUGGGGGGGGGUUUAUUAUCUUAUUAUAUAGGGAUGAAGCUAACUUUUUGUAUUAUAAUUCCAAAAAAAAAAA